AUGGCUGCAUAUUUUGGAUUUUCUGUAGCUGCCACUGACAUUAAUGGGGAUGAUUAUGCAGAUGUGUUCAUUGGAGCUCCUCUGUUCAUGGACCGAGGCUCUGAUGGAAAACUCCAAGAGGUGGGCCAGGUCUCGGUGUGCCUGCAGAGAGCAUCAGGAGACUUCCAGACCACGAAGCUGAAUGGAUUUGAGGUUUUCGCCAGGUUUGGAAGUGCUAUAGCUCCUCUGGGAGACCUGGACCAGGAUGGCUUUAAUGAUAUCGCAAUUGCUGCUCCCUAUGGCGGCACAGAUAAGAAGGGGCUGGUUUACAUCUUCAAUGGACGGUCAACAGGCUUGAACUCGGUGCCAUCUCAGAUCCUUGAGGGCCAGUGGGCUGCUCAGGGCAUGCCUCCAAGCUUCGGCUACUCAAUGAAGGGAGCUACAGAUGUAGACAGAAAUGGAUAUCCAGAUUUGGUUGUAGGAGCUUUUGGUGUCGAUCGAGCUGUCUUAUACAGAGCCAGACCCGUUGUCA